AGGUGGGGAAGUUGGACUGGUGUACAGUGGUGCCCCUCAGGGUAUCUCGAUUACUUUGUUCUGCAAGUUGAGGAGCCCCUUGGUAGCGGUGACGAUACAGCAGCCAACAAUGUCUUGUUCCAUUGCUCCGAUUUCACUGUCCUGCCAGGUUCUGCCGGAAAAUGGGGAUCAUAUGGAAGGCCGAGUGCCACCUGCCAAAAGGGAAUUUGUGGCAUCGUGACCAAAGUGGAGGAUCCCCAAGGACGUGGAGAUGACACGGCCCUGAAUGAUGUCAAAUUCCAAUGCUGUUAA